GGUAGAGCAGUGAUUCAGGGAUGUGUCCUCUACCACCUGGGGACAGAAAGCAUAGAGUCAGCCCUGUUACUAGGGAACAUUGAAACCUUGUUCGGUAACCAGGAAGUGAGAUGAGUUUUACAAAGGAUUCUGGGAGAAACGUUUUAUGAUUUUCUCUGACGUCUAAGUGGCCUCUAUUUGACCCAAGAUGGUGGUGGAGGUAGAGGGGUUUUAUGGUGUCUACCUUUUGUAUUGUACCAACCCAAAAUUCAAAGGACGCAUCUACAUUGGCUUCACAGUGAACCCAGAGAGACGUAUUCAGCAGCACAAUGGGGGAAAACACAAGGGAGGAGCCUGGAAAACCAGCGGAAGAGGACCCUGGGACAUGGUGUUGAUAGUCCAUGGCUUUCCAAUUGAUAUUGCAGCCUUGCGGUUUGAGUGGGCGUGGCAGCAUCCUCAUGUAUCUCGUCGUCUCACUCACGUGCCGCGCAAGACGAAGAAGCAAUCUAGCUUUGACUUUCAUUUGAUGGUUCUUUAUCAUAUGCUGCGUGUUGCACCUUGGAACCGCUUACCCCUUACACUUCGCUGGCUGCGCCAAGAGUACCAGAGGGCACUGCCCCCACUGCUGCAGCCCCCUCUACACAUGCCUCUGUCAUUUGGACAAGUUCGGGCUCGACCUAUAGCAAAAAGCCAGACAGGCAAAGGCAAAGCUGGAGAGAAAGGGCAGAAGGAAGGAGAAAUAGAGACAGAUGCGAUACUUCAGGCAGACAGCGUUUCUCAGAGAUGCCGAGUCUGCUUCCAAAAAGUACAGAGUGAGGAUGACGCUCUUCACUGCUUCCACCCUGGCUGCACCCUGACGUGUCACAUUCUGUGUUUGGCAAAAGUCUUCCUCCAAAAUGAGCCAGAUCAGCUUAUCCCAGUAGAGGGCCAGUGUCCCAGCUGUGGGCACUCGGUGCUGUGGGGAGAUCUCAUCCGUUACAAGAAGGGCUGCUAUGGUGACUUGGAAGAAAUCUCCAGCUCUCAGGCUCAUUGGGUAGAUGAACUACAGAGCUGAUGUAUAUUGAAUUCUAGACCUAACGUCCAUUAUGGAGAAGCAACAAUACAGGUUAAGGAGCUGGUACCGGAACAGCCACACGGUUGAGUUCUGAAGACCAAACAGGAAAAGACAUUUUAGCAAUUGUGGAAGUUUUAAUUAAUCUGGUUGUGAUUAUCCAGUGGAGUCGCCAUGUUUAAACUAUUCUGAGAUGAAGAAGCAACCAGUGACCACCACAGACUUCACUAGAAAACCAGAUCCCAACAUGAAUUGUUAUAAAACUCUAUAGGGAAGGAAGGGCCGUUUUUACUGUACCUCUGUGGGUCACCCAGUCACGUUUUAUCUGAAUUAAAAUAAAUUAAUUAAACUCUUCUGCUUUUCCA